UUUGAAAAUAUGGCGCGAACCUCCACGAAACUUUGGAAGAAUUUACACAAGCCUUUUUGAAUCCUCGAGGGUAAAGAAAAUGAAUAAAACUGAGGAAGGGACUUAAGAAGGAAAUUGAAGAUGUCGAAAUUUUGGCAACAUCCAAAUGUGAAUCUGUUUAAACAUUUUAACAUUGGAGAAUGGAAGAAAUGCUCCAAGGAAGGAGAGGUCUCAACUAUUAUGGACAAACAGGUGAAAGGCACAGUUUACAGAAUCACUGGAUCGAUUCCUGCCAGUAACUUCAUUCAGUUGCCUCGCACCAGCACUCAGUCACUGGGGUUGACUGGUAGAUAUCUGUACUGUCUAUUCCGACCGAUUGCUGGAAAGUAUUUCGUAGUCCAUGUGGAUUUAGCAACAGAUGAUGGGCUUACCAUUAGGAUUUCCUUCUCAAAUAUGUUCAAAGAGUUUAAGUCCACUUCAACAUGGCUGCAGUUUCCAUUUGUCUCCAGCCCUCCCCCUGGUUCAGUGGAUGAAGUCACCCUCAGUGAGACAGGCACUAUAACAAGUCUUGUGGGCACCACAUCUCAAACUACCCGCUGGACUGUUCUGGUGCUAGAUUUUCGAUACAUCCUGUCUGUUUACUUGAAUCGCCAGUAUUCUUACAUGAAAAACAUUCCCUUGUGUGCCAACAUGUUUCUCAAAGGACUUUUUACUAGUGACAUAGAUUAUGCACCUGGUAUAUCUGCUUUUGAAGCCAGAAAACUAGGCUUGUUAGAUAAAGGAAUUAGUCCUUUGCCAAGGGAAAUGGCAUUUCCUUUAGCCAAGGGAGCAGAUUGGCACCAGUUAUUUGACUAUAUCAAGUUCCCUCCUGAUUCCAAAAUUGCAAAAUUUGGAAUCAUGGUAAAUAUGAAGUCAACAUUACAGCAUGCUAAUGACAAGCAACCUCCCACCACAAGGGAAGAAAGACCAACCAGAGUGAAUCAUGUCAGUCAAGUUGGUUCACGGGCAAAACUUUCCCAAGAAACAUCUCAGUAUUUAGGGGGUGAAGCAAAGACACCCCAAGCAGUAGCCUCAAGAAUAGCAUUAGUAGACAGACUUAAACCACACAAGCAGCACCCAAAAAAGCCCAAACACAUUGUUCCUACUGCCCUACCAGCAGCAGUAGGGAUCCAAGGUGCACAGGCGGCAGAUCCAAAUUUUGGAGAAGUACAUGUCUAUGCACAUCCAAAUAAAUCUGUCAGUAAUCUUCAACAACGGAAAAAACAAGAGAAGGUACCACUCACGAAAGUGCACUGCCAUGUUUCGAGCUGAGGUGCAUGAUGUGCACUGCAUAAGUCUUUCAUACAGUGGCAACAUCUUAUGUGGUGUUGGGAAAGACAACUUUGGAAAGCAGCUGAUUGUGGUUUGGGAUGUCAGUCAUGCCAUGAGAGGUGGAGAGGUUUCCAUUAUUGCCAAAGCACACACUGAUAUUGAUAUUCAGCGCAUGAGAAUUGCAGAUUUUGAUGAUAGCAGGUUGAUUUCCUGUGGCAAUGACAACGUUCGUUUCUGGCGAAUUCGCCAUGGCUCCUUGAGGUCUUGUCCAGUAGAUCUUGGUCGUCAAGCCUCUGUCCAUUUCACUGAUAUAGCUUAUGGACCUAAAAAUCCCACAAGCACAGAUCCAGCAGUUAGAAAAGUUUAUUCCUGUACAAACCAAGGGACAAUUUAUCAGAUUGACUAUCAGAAGAUCAUGCUGGACAAAGUCUUCAGACUUCUUCCUAUUGGAACUCGUAACAACCAAUUGGGCAAGUAUGGUGGUACAACUCCAACUGAGUUUGGAAUCAGACUCAAUGCACUCUGUGUAAAUGAGUCAUUUUGUGCCACUGGCUCAGAUGAUGGUUUUCUUAGAUUGUGGCCUUUGGAUUUUUCCACUGUGUUCCUUGAAGCUGAACAUGAGGGCCCAAUCACUGCUGUCAACAUUUCUAGUGAUGGACUUAAUGUGUUAGCAGGAACAAAUACGGGUAAUCUUGGUGUGUUGAAUACGUCAGCUCGCACCUACUCUACACUGAUGAGAUCUCACAUACAAAAGAUCUCAGCCAUGUCGUUUGAUUCCACUCACCGUUAUUUGGCCACAGUGUCCUUUGAUGAAUCAAUAAGAAUCUGGGAUCUUGACACUCUUGCACAGCUGUUUGACUUUCAAGCUCCUGGUGAGCUCCCCUGUGCCAUUGCAUAUCACCCUCAGCGGCAGUGCUUUGCCUGUGGGUUUAUGUCUGGAUGUGUAAGAGUGUUCCAUGUUGGGACAACAAAUCUGCUAGCUGAACAUAACCAGCAUGCUGGCCAAGUGACAAGCUUGGUGUUUACACCUAAUGGAGAGUUCAUGCACAGUGCAGGGGCACUAGGUUCUCUUUCAUUGUACGAUGCUGGUGAUGAAGAAUUCCAUUUAAUUCGCAUGUUACCCAACACAGUUGCAAUGGGUGCUAAGUUUGGACCCCAUGUACUGAGUGUAAGUGAAGACAGCCUAAAGUUGGCAUUUAUUGGACCAACAGAAUACACAGUGACAGUUGCUAAUGUCAGAUCUUUGGAUGAGGUUUUAAGGGUAGACAUCAGCACUAUCACUGCAGACCAAUCAAUUGUGGAUUCUGCUUGCCAUGUCUGUUUUUCACCCCAUUCUCUGAAACAGUUACUGGUCAUCACUUCAACAUCAAGGUUGCUGAAGCUUGACUCUCAUAGUGGACUCUUGUUAAGUGAGGUUUCCAAUAUUCAUCGAGGCAACUGUUCGAGUUUAGCUGUCAACUGUGAUGGAAAAUACCUGGCCACAGCUGGAGACAGAGUUGUGAAGAUUUGGGACUACCAUAUGCGACUGGACAUUAACUUUCAGGUUUUUAUUGGCCACUCAGAUCACAUUCAGCAAGUUGCUUUCACUCCAGAUAAUCUUGGGCUGGUUAGUGUGGGGGAGGCCAUUUUGUUGUGGGAUUUUCAUGGAAGAGUGAGGCAGAGACAAGAGAAUGGAAGACGCACGCCCCAGAAGAGUUACAUUCCUGAACUGGCAGCAGACAAAAGUGUGAAAAUCACUCCUGAAAGACCUUACAGUCCACCAAAUGCUCAUCCUAACACAGUCACCCCAAGAAAAUCUGUUCCAGUACCAACUGAAUAUGAACCUCCUCAGUUUGAUAUCAGCCCAAUUCCUGCUGAUGUGCAUGACGUCGAAAAUGAUCGUGGUACCCUUGAUAGAGUGCCGCAGAGUGAGGUUCAUGAUGGUUACUCCUCAGGAAAAAGCAAAAGCUCCCAGAAGCAAGUUUUGCUUGACACUGGUGAAUAUCGCUCCCCUGUCAAGACUAAAUCUCCUGCCAGAAGAUUGAACUUCAAUGUUCCCCCACCUGUUGGAUCAACAGUAGUAAACAUUGAUGCCCAUCGUGUCCCAAACGUCAAGAGGCACUACAGGCGAUGUGCAAGGACUUCCUCCCUAGCUGACCGAAGAUACACAGCUCCUCCAAAUCAGGCAGGACUCCAGCUAAAAUCUGUUCUUGGAUACAAUGGGAAUGGAAGGAAGAAUGCAGUGUGGAAAUAUGACACAGGUCUCUUUGCAUAUACCAGUGGAUGUCUUGUGGUCAUAGAGGACCUUCAUUCUGGUACUCAAAAACACCUUAUGGGGCACGCAGAAGAGAUCUCUACAUUGGCCUUACAGCAUGAUGGCCUUAUGCUAGCUUCAGCCUCUGGGCCAUCUGGAACAGUGGCCAGUCAGAUCCUCUUGUGGAACCUGCCAGAGGGUGUUUGCCAAAAAGUUCUAACCUACCAUGAGCAUGAGAUAGUCUGUCUCGCAUAUUCCCGUGAUGACAGAUUCCUUGUGUCAGUGGGUGAUUACAGGGAGUGUUCUGUUGUGGUUUGGAGCACAAGAGAUUUGGUAGUGCUUACCUCAUCCUUUGCCAGGCAUCCAGUCCAUGACAUCAUGUGGGAUCCAUACACUGCAAAUGAAUUUUCCUCCGUGGGUCAAGAUGGCUCUGUAUUGUUUUGGUUACUGGAUGAGACUGGUGAUCAGAUGACACUCAAUGUUCAUGAGCCAGAGGUUCCAGAUGAACUUAUACAGUCCAAGAAAGUUAGAGAUGAGUACAAUGAUUUCACUGCUGUUUGGUAUGUAGGAGACAGUACUAUGUAUGCUGGUACAAGCUCAGGAAUGUUAUCUGCCUGGGACACCAGGCAAAACAAGUGCUUUAUUCACUGGGAAGGAGACUCUACUGAAAUUGGUAUGCUCAUGGGAUAUGGUGGUACUCUUAUUGCUGGCAGCACCUCAGGAAAUCUCAGACUGUGGUCUGUGGUGGGAGUGAGUGAGAUGCUACGUCCUGGAGAUGCCACCAGAUUGUCCAGCAAUGGUUUAGUUAUGGAAGAUGAAAUGACACUCGACGGAGCCAUUAUUUCUGCAUCAUUUGAUGAAGCAUUGGAAACUGGCAUUAUUGGUACAUCAUCUGGCACAUUGUGGUAUGUCAACUGGGAUGAAAGAACUAGUAUCAGGUUGGUCAGUGGCCAUGCACAGAUGAUUAAUGACUUACUCUUCAGUGGUCCAGAUGACCAAUACUUUGCAACAUGUAGCACUGAUGGAAUCCUACAUCUCUGGAGCAAGGACAACUUGGAACAUCUUCAAUUUCAAGUUGUUGGACAGACUUGCAACUGUGUGUCCUUCAGUCCAGUACCAACUGCCACUCCCACAAAAUCAGUCACAAAAGAGGGACAGACUAUUGCAACUGUCCACCCACAGCCUCAACCUAAUGAUGAGACUGACAUUCACCCGUCACAUUGUGCAGCUGGAUACAGUGAUGGAACCAUCAGAAUAUUUGAUUUGGGUAAAGUGGAAAUGGUCAUGAAAAUGCAGCCUCAUGCUGCUGCAGUGAGAGCAAUAGCAUUCUCAUCUUAUGGAAGGGUGAUUAUCAGUGGCGCGGAAGAUGGUUUGCUGGCUAUUAGUAGUCCCUCCACAGGGUUGACAGUGAGGCUUCUGAAUGAUCACAGGGGUGCACCAAUCACAUGCAUUCAUAUUUCAUCUGUUAAGGAUCAACAGUACCCAAUGUCAUCCCCAUUGCUGUGGCUAGCAGCAAGUGCUGAUCGCCGUGUCAGUAUCUGGAGUGCUGACUGGUCAAAAGACUUCUGUGAGUUAGUGGACUGGCUGACAUUCCCUGCCCCACCCUUUGGACCUGAUGGACAAGCUUUCAAGAGAGGAGACCCUGCCCACUUCUCACAGCUGCCCCCAAGCCUGGCCCAGUUCUCUCCCACAGACCCUGAUAUUAUUGUUUACACUGGCUAUGGCAUGCAGAAAGCUGUUCAGUUUUACAGUCUGUCUCAGAAAAAGGUUCUACGUACUGCUGCACUGACUCAGUGGGUGACCUCCCUUGACAUAUCACCUAAGGGACAUCUCAUUGCUUUUGCAACAGAAGAGCGAUUGGUCAAACUGAUGGACUACAAUGAAGGAAGCUUUCAGGAUUUCACGGGACACUGUGAUGGUGUUAGCAAUGUUAGGUUUGCACCAUCUGGAGAACUACUGUGUUCAACAAGCCAAUCAGAAAUUUUGAUGUGGAAUGUCAGGGCCUAACUUUAUUUGGUUAAAUGAACCAGUAUUGGGGUUCCCAACAGCACAUCACUAUACUUGGAAGAUGGAAUGAAAAGAUGGUACAGUACAACUAGAUGUAGCCUGUAUGACUGAAGAGGAAGGAGAGGGAAAAGUGAAGUUUGUGUGCAAAGCAUGACUAUUUGGAUGACAGGAUGAUCUAACUGGAUCUCACCUUAAUGUCCAGCAAAUGCUGAAAUUACUUUUCAUAGAUAGUUGCAGAAAACUCUUGUGAAAACAAACACAUAAUCUUGUAAAGACAACAGCAAAACAGUAACCUGGUGAAAGGUAAACUACCAUGAAAAUUCUCGAAACAUGACUCUAAAAAAUACAAUUACACUGAUUUAAACACACAGAAUCAUACCCAUCACCACACUCACAAACUUACAAGUAACAUAUUACAAGUGAGCAUAUUCCACCAAAAUGUAUAUCAUGGCUGUCAAGUAACUCUCUUGUUACAUUGCUGUGUAAAUUAAGAGGAUAAAAAUCUGGCAGAGUCUGCAAAAAUGCAAAGAAUAGAAACCUUUCUUGUUUUGAUGUUGUCCUUUCUGGAAAUGUUUUGAAAUGCCAAUCUGUUGCCUUUGUGGUCUAACUUGGUAAAUGACCUCAAAGGCUCCCUGUUAAAAGUAGCUGCAUAAUCUGUAAACAGCAAGACUUCAAAGGAGGUUCACGUGUUUAUGGAGUGAUGUACACACUUGUUGUAUGUAAAAACUGC